CCCCAAACCCCGUUUGAGCUACAACGAACGCCCCCUAAGGGUAAUUCUGCUGUGCUCUAGGAAGGAAAUUGAAAUAGUCCGACCACCACACUCUUGUAGCGUUCUGAUGCCGCUGUCGAUGUGCUGCAUACAAGUUUUCAUUAAAAUUUUGUUCUCUUGUGACUAUUUUAAAUUUGCCGCCACACGCCCGUAAUAAAUAAUAAAUGCAUCCAGUUACUUUACUGCAGAUUUUUUCUGUGAUUUUAUUAAAUGUGUGAAAUUCAAAUGUUUGCAUUGAUUGAGAACGUUUAAUUUGAUUUCAUUCCAAGUUAGGCAAGUUUUUUUUGUAGCUGAGCAUUAAGCGGUGUCUUCAACCGGCACAACUUAGUCGCAGCUUUUUUUUUGUCAUUGGAGGAUUAAAUAAUUCUGUGGCCUCCAUAUAUUAUGUGUUAUAUUUAGCGGUACUUCUCCAAUCUUGGGGUCCAGCACUUACAUAUGAACGCAUUUCGCCACAAAAAAAAAACACACACACACACACAACGUAGGUUCCAUUUUGUUAGACGAUCACAGUCAAGGCCAAAUUUUUUUAAUGUUUAAAUUUUUCGAGGGCUUUCAAAAUUUUUUUUACAUGUCAAUUGAAAUGGGGAUGUUUGGGUUAUCGCAAUGGACAUUAUCAAGAACCGAUAUUUUUAUAUUUGCCAAAAUGUGAAAAGAAAAUAUGAAAAUAUUGAAAACCCACAUUCGUAAAAAGUGAGUGUGAAACGACUUAAGAUAACUGGAACGAGACACUAAACAUGUUUAAAGCAAAAUGCAACGAAUAAGGACGUAAUGUACAGCACACAUUUUAUCGCACAAAAAUUAUUUCGAUAUUUUUAACGCAAUCGUCUGACCUUCGUGGCAAAAGCUCGUAAAGAUUUGCGAUCGCCCAUUUUCGAUUUUUGUUACGUUUAUACAGCGCAUAUAAAAGCCACAAUUACCAUUCGAACGGUGUACUUCUGCAGUGCCACUCCUACUGCUACAAUGGAAUUCUCACGAGUACUUCUCUUAACAGUUUUCUAUUCUUUCACUUGCGCUGGAGCCAGCAACAAUGACUGGAACGAUUGGACCCAAAACUUAAACUGGGAAAAACAACAACAUGUUAGUUUGUACAAUCAGAGGAAGACCGUAUCUCAACGAGUCCAGCAGCAUUCAGCAGGCAUUAGUCCAUAUGUGAGCAACUCCGCUAACUAUUACAAUCCACCCCAUACCUUCGACCCACAUCCUACCUUCGACCCACGCCCUACCUACGACCCACGCCCUACCUACGACCCACGCCCUACCUUCGACCCACACCCUACUUUCGACUCACGCCCUACCUUCGACCCACGCCCUACCUUCGAGCCACACCCUAGCUUCUACUCACACCGUACCUUCUACCCACGCCGUACCUUCAACCCACGCCAUACCUUCUACGAAACCGAAUUCAACAAAAACACACCGGAAGUCCACCCUCAGUUUAGUAACAGAGUUGGUGGUCUCCACAAUUUAGACAAUUUGGACAAUUUUGGAGGUACCAUUGGUCAGCAGGUGUAUGCCAGUUUGAGACCAGUGCGUGAAAUGGAAGCUAAACUCAAGAUAAAAUUCGGAAAAAAUGGUACCACAAUCACCACGUUUAAAGAUAAACAAUUUAUUGUCAGCGAUGGGGUCUUUUACGAUUGCGACGGUACCAUUUCCGAAGAGGACGGUUUCUGCUCUGGUAGUUUAUGCAAAUCGUCUUUCGAAACCCCGAGAGACUUCUGUUACGCAAAUAUCAACACAAUUAUUAACGAUUGGUACUGCAUUUCGCCCGGUGCCGGUGCCAAAUCCGGAAUUAUUAAUGGAAAGGGCUACUGCAAUGCUUCCGAGGACAACCCCGCUCUGUUUAUUUCGGCGGAAGAUUACAGAAAUUUGUGUGAUGACGUUAGGUAUCCUGUAACUUACAAAUACUUCGGUACUGAUCCUAUAGGAGACCACAGUUCUGACGUAAUCUGCUCCAGUGGUAUUCCUUACACGUGUACUUACACGACAGAGAGAAAUUCCGAUCUUGGUAUUUCCGGGCCCUUUAACUUCGUGCUCAAUUAAACACACUUUGUUAUAAAAAAGUUUAAUGUAUCGUUACACUGCAGCAAUAAA